UUUAAACUUUGCAAGAGGGUCCUAUAAUAUAGUAGUGAUGGAAACUUCUUUCAUUCAAUUAUGAGUUUAGAAGCCUACAGUGGUGAAAAUUUUGAUCUAUAAUAAAGGCUGUUCCCUCGUUGACUUAAGCUAUAUAAACUUUUUCAAGUGAAGAAAGAGCCUUAUUCAAGUGUGUGUGUGUGUGAGAAGAGAUGGGAAGAGCUCCUUGUUGUGACAAGGCCAAUGUAAAGAAAGGGCCAUGGAGUCCUGAAGAAGAUGAAAAGCUAAGAGAGUACAUAGAGAAACAUGGAACUGGAGGGAACUGGAUUGCUCUCCCACAAAAAGCUGGUUUGAAAAGAUGUGGGAAGAGUUGUAGACUCAGAUGGCUUAAUUAUCUCAGACCAAACCUUAAGCAUGGGGAGUUUUCUGAAGGUGAAGAUAGAAUAAUCUGCACUCUCUUUGCUAGCAUUGGAAGCAGGUGGUCAAUAAUAGCAUCUCAGUUGCCAGGAAGGACUGACAAUGAUAUCAAGAACUAUUGGAACACCAAGCUUAAGAAAAAAAUGAUGGGAGUGAAAAUGAACCCUUCAGCACUGAAGAAACCUCACCAAGUUAACCUUUCAUCCAUGCUUCAAAACUCAACACCAUCAUCACCCUUCACCUCAUUAUCCUUCAAAAACAACCACAACAACUCUUACUACUACCAACCCCAUUUGCCCUUUACAGGCUCCGAGUCCAUGACAUAUUCAAGUCUUCUCAGUGACAAUUAUUCCACUUUUGAGAGCCUUCAGAAUUACCAAGUUAAUAAUAGUGGCUUUAUGUUAGGAUGUGAAACAAGUUGCAGCUCUUCUUCAGAUGGAAGUUGCAACAACAAUCAGAUCAAUCAUGUCAAGGAAGCAGAACUUGGAUUUAUUGGUGAUGGAACCUUUUGUGACCAGAUAAUAGGUGGUGGUUUUAGUUACCUCAAUAGUGGGGUGGAACUGGAAGAUACUCAAAAGUUGGUGCCCUCCAAUGCUGGUAAGGUUAAUAGUGGGGUGACAGAUGAAGAAAGUAGAUUAUGGGGAGAAAGUCCAUUAGAGUAUGGUCUAGAAGAAAUUAAACAGCUAAUUAGCACUAGUAGUUGCAACAACUUUAUGCUUGAUGACAGCAAGACAGGGGAAAUGGCCAUGUACUACUGAUGCUGACUAGUUAAAAAUCAAGAACAUUUGAAAGGGUAAUAAACAAGGGCAUGGGUUGAAGUUAGAACUAGUACUAGAAGAUUCAGAUUUGAUUUGGACUUGGUGUGUGUUUUUGUGGGGGAAAGGUAGUGUACUAGUGUUCAAUUGGUCCACUUACUUUUUUUACAGUACAUGUUGAUGUUGGAAGUUUCCUUUGUUUUGUAUCAUUUACUUGGUGCAGGUAUCAUUAACCCCACCAUAAUAACAUAACCAUGAUGGAUGUGUCCAAAAACAAAUGAAUCAGAAAGGAAUUGAGGAAACCUGGUAAAGUAGACCACCCUGAAUCCUUCUUCCACCAGAUUUAGAAAGAGGAUUGCAGCAGCAAUCCACUACUAUUAUUUAAUACUAUAUUAUGUAACAGUUUUGCUUCCAAUCAUGCACCUAAAAGCACCUUUAAUUUUUGCUUAACGAUCAUGGUUUUAUUAUUGUUUCCCCAAUGUAGAUCGUGCACGUAUUUAUUUACUCCAUACAGAUUUUAUUUCAUUUUGUUAA